CAGGGCGCAAGAUAUUCAUACCCGGUGCUAACCCUCUGCCUACUGGCCCCAAGCCCACCCAACACACCGGAAAUCCGCAAGGAGCCACGGUGUCUCCCUGGGAAAUGUAGUCCUGAAGGUCCUGGCUCAGCGCGCGGCAUUGUGGGAACGGAUAUCCCGGAUUUCUCCCUGCGCGUGAGAAGUUCUCCUCACUUCCCGGCUUCCGCCCUCUCUGGCCCUGCGGGCGCGGCCUCAUUACUUUCAGCUUAUCCUUCACAGUUCUCUGUACUCCCCCAACAACAGCAGAAAAUGAACACAUCUCAGGCAUCAAUAUCAUUCAAGGAUGUGACUGUGGAAUUCACCCAAGAGGAGUGGCAGCAAAUGGGUCCUAUUCAAAGGACCCUAUAUAGAGAUGUGAUGCUGGAGAACUACAACAACCUAGUCUCAGUGGGGAACUGCAUUUUUAAACCAGCAGUAAUCUUCAAGUUGGAGCAAGGAGAGGAGCCUUGGUUGUUGGAGGAAGAAUUCUCAAACCAGAGCCACCUAGAAGAUUACAGAGAUGAUGACCUGAUGAAGAGGAACAAGAAAAUCAAAGAUAAACACUUGCAGGAAAUAAUAUUCAUCAAUAAUAAACCAUUGACUGGAGAGGAAGAGGAAGUUUGGGGAAAACAAUUUAAUCUGCACAUAGCUCCUGUUUCAACAAAAAUGUCCCAUAAAUAUGACUCAUGGGGAGUAAAUUUGCAAAAAAUUUCCCAAUUUGUCAUUAAUAGUAGAACUUACCUAACCAAAAAAACAAAUUGCUAUAGUGUAUGUGAAAAUUUGUCUUUCAAAAUUAAGUUUGAGAGAACUCAUACUGGAGAGGAAUUUCAUGAAUAUAAUAAAAAUGGGAAAGCUCUUAGUUAUAAGGAAAAUCUUCCUGAGAAUCAAAAGUGUCAAACGUUGGAGCAAGCUUUUAAAUAUAAUGCAAUUGGAAAAGCCUUCUAUGAUGAGGCUACUUGUGUUACACAUAAGAGUAUUCAUACAAGAGAAAAAUCCUAUAAAGAUGAUGAAUGUAGGGAAAACAAAAAAACAACUAUCUUUGACUGUAAAAGAACUGGGAUAGAGGAGAAAUACUCUCCUUUUAACCAAUAUGGGAAAUCCAUCUGUGAGAAGUCAGCUCUUAAGGAAUAUAGUAAGUUUAACAUGGCUGUGAAACAAAAUGAAUGUAAUGCAAGUGGAAAUAAUUUCAACAGGAAGUCACACCUCACUCAAUUUCAGAGAAUUAUCACGGAAGAGAACCCAUUGGUGUGUAAUGACAGAACACAAACUGAGGAUAAAUCCUCUGAGUAUCAUAAAAGCAGGAAAUCCUACCAGAUAUCAGCUCACAAAGUACACCAGAGAACUCACUCUGAGAUAAAACCCUAUAAAUGUAAAGAAUGUGGUAAAUCCUUCUUUCAAAAAGGACAUCUCAUUCAACAUCAGAGAACUCACACAGGAGAGAAACCAUUUGAAUGUAAUGAAUGUGGAAAAACUUUCUCCCAGAAGUCACACCUCAGUACACAUCGGAGAAUUCACACAGCAGAGAAACCCUAUAAAUGUAAUGAAUGUGGGAAAACAUUUGUCCAGAAGUCAACCCUCAGGGGACAUCAGAGAAUUCAUACAGGAGAGAAACCCUAUAAAUGUAGCGAAUGUGGGAAAACUUUUGUUCAAAAGUCAACCCUCAGAGAUCAUCAUAGAAUUCACACAGGAGAGAAAUCUUUUCAGUGUAAAGAAUGUGGGAAAACUUUUGGUCAGAAGUCAAACCUUAGAAUACAUCAGAGAACUCACAGCGGUGAGAAAACAUAUCAAUGUAACGAAUGUGAAAAAUCCUUCUGGCGAAAAGACCAUCUUAUUCAACAUCAGAAAACACACACAGGAGAGAAACCAUUUAAAUGUAAUGAAUGUGGGAAGACUUUUGCCCGGACAUCAACCCUUAGAGUGCAUCAAAGGAUUCAUACUGGGGAGAAACCAUUUAAGUGUAAUGAAUGUGGCAAAAAAUUCGUCCGGAAGGCGAUCCUUAGUGAUCAUCAGAGAAUUCAUACAGGGGAGAAACCUUUUCAGUGUAAUAAAUGUGCAAAAACUUUUGGCCAGAAAUCAAACCUCAGAAUACAUCAGAGAAUUCACAAUGGGGAGAAAUCUUAUGAAGGUAAUGAAUUUGGAAAAUUAUAUAAGAAGUCAACUCUAAAUGUUUGCCAGAGAAUUCAGGGGGGUGGAAAACCCCAUUGAUAGAAUAACUAUGGAAAAUCCGUAUGGUUGAAGGACCAAGCCAUUUGACUCCAGGAAACCCACACAGGAGAGAAACUAUAUAAAUAUGAACGUAGGAAGAAUUUUAUCCAAAAAGCAAUCCUGAAAGGAUAUCAGAGAAUACACAUAGACUGAUAAUUCUUUUAGGAUACUAUGGAAAGCCCUUUUGAAUGAAGCCAUGUCCUUUAAAUAACUCACACAAAAUUUCCAGGUCUCCUUUUGCUCCAAGUAGGGCUUUGGGACUGUGGAUUUUCAUGUUUUAUGCCACAUCCAGUCAUGACAAAAGACCUCGCUGAUGAACUACUAGGAUGCUGUCAGAAUAGAGUGGAGAUGACCCAGGACAACCUGAAGUAUCAUGUUGUAACAUGGCACAGCUUUUACAAGGUAAAAGCCAGGGUGCCUGAAAUGUACAACAAAAUUCUCGUUCAUAUCUUUACUUUUUGAACAUUUUGUGAUCAAGCAGUAAGCUUGUAUUCUGUUGAGCUCUCACAUAUUCAUGUCUGUUUCCUUUUGAACAUAAUUUAGCCAUCCCUCUGUUGGGGAGGUAGAAAGUUACUGUGUAAGCCAAGCUUACAUCAGUCAAUGGGUACAACACUUAUUAAAGGGUUGGUGUUGUGAGGAGUCUCUCUAAGAUCAUCAGAGAAUUCAUUUAAAAAAAAAGCUCCCUUCAGUGUAAUGAAAUAGAUGCCACCUGUUAAAAGGCUUUCAGUGAACCUAAAAAGUUGAAAAAAUUUUUGGUUGAAAUGUGAGCACAGCUUAUGCAACUAAAGUAAAUACUUGUUUAAUGCUUUGAAGCUGCUCUCCCUUCACGCUUUGUUGUACCUCUCUAUGCCCCAAUAUCAGCUGUUUCAAGGGAAAUAAAUUUUCCUGACUCCAAAGGGGACAUAUAUUCAUUGGCACCCACCCAAAUAUUUGGGGGAACUUUAAGGGAGAAGAGAGGCUCAAACUUUUAUGGUUUUAUGGGAUACAAGUGCCCAAGUCAAAAUUUUACCACUUUACGUGGAAGUAAGAAGUAUCUAGAUUUAGAAAAUGCUGUUAGGGCAAGGGUUACAGUAGGAGGGGGUGAAAUUAAUGUGGCCCUGUGAAUAAAUGAGGCCUUUAGGCCAGUGCUGUGUACUGUGGUUACAUCUAAAUAUGAAAGUGUAGUAGGAGUGUGGUAUAUGUCAUAUUUACCCUUCCCGUAAGUCAGAAGGGAUUCUCCCAGCCAGGAAGAGUUGUGUGUAAAGAAAAUACCUUUGAGUUCCCACAGCCCUUAAUGACCACUUUGGGCUUCAGUCUCUGUGACUGGUCAUUCUGUUGAUUGGAAUUUCUGGCAAAAGGAGAUGGCCUGGAGGUGGGGGAAAGGGUAGUUUGACUUGAUACCCUAACAAGUAUAUUUCUUUUGUAAAGCAACUGUUAGCUUACUCUUGGACUCUAUACACUAGACACCUGACUCAGAGGAGCUUCUGACUUGAUAUUCCAAUUUUAGAGUGUGUUAUCUUAACUGGCUAAAAAGAUACAGAGGAUACAAGCCUUGUGUAAAAUGCACAUGGUAUAUUUAAGAAUACAGCUGUACUGGUCCCAACAGUAUCUCAGCUGUAUGUCGAAUUGUAGCAAAGGAAACUUACCAUCCAUUCUGCUGCCUGAAGCAAAGCUGCUGGCUUGGUAGGGCCCUUCAUUCAUGGAAGUUACUUGAACUGGGCCUGGUUAACUGACAGGCUAGUGGGCAUCACUGGACACUGACUACUCAACUUCAGUGCCAUGAUGCAGACCUAGAAAUUGAUGUGGCUGCUCUCCUUGUGCAGGACUUAAGGAUGUUCUCAACACUGGCAAAUACUCCAUUUGAAACUUUGGGCAUUUUUACUGACUCUGGUCCUUAUACUGCCUAGGUUUUUGACACACCAGUAGUAAAACUGCUGACAAAAGCACCCCUCUUUGGUGCUGUCAACUGUGGGAGGAAAGUCAGCUGCUGAACACAUCUGAGUUGUCAAACUAGAUGCCCUUGGUGAGUGACUAUUCUGUGAUAACACUGGAAUCAAGCUACUGAGCAAGACUUCACUACACUAAUGGCCAGCAUUGCUACCUGGAUCCAUCAUCAUACUGACAGUGCAAAAUAUUCACCAUCCUAACUGCAUACAAAGUAAAAUCCUCUGUAUCCAGUGCUCCCUUUGAUGUCAAUUGCCCUAAGAAUCUACAGUCUUUUUCUUGUGUAUUAAUACCCAAUUCCACAUACCAUUUGAUAAUUCACGCCUUUCCUACUGAUUUUAAAUAUGAUCACAUACUAAAUUGUCAUUCUUAAAGACAUUGCACAAGACUGCUCAUGACCCAAUCCCUACAUUCUGUUAGCAACAUAUCCUUUUGGGAUCAGGGCUGGCAUAUACCUCAUAUGAACUGAAAUAUUACAACUUUCUAGCCUGAUACUGAAUUUUUCACUGAAGUGUUUCAAUCAGGAAACGAAGAACACCUAGAACUUUGGAAAUAGAACAUCACACACUAGAGCUGCCAACACCUUUGCCAAGAUGCAUCUGCAAAAACAGAGGAUAAUAACUAAUUAGUGCUGUGUUCCCUGAAAAUAAUCAAGAGAUUACUGUUUGCUCUGUUUUUAUAAUUAGGUGGAAUAUAAAGAAAGUCAUUCAUCUUAGAACUUUUUCUCAGUUUCUCAAAAUAUUUCAAAUCAUCCCCUUCAUACUCCUUUAUAUAUAUAUACUUUUAGAAUUAUGAUUGGAUUUGCUAUUAAGUUCAAAAUCAUCUACCCAAUAGGAUGAAAUGAAUUCACAUAAGUAGUCUGAGUCAUUCAUUGGAAGUCCAGGUGACAGUCCCAUUAUUGGGCACUUAGGCUUUAUCUGCUGUCCCGUUGCUGGGUUAGGCCCAAGAACACCUCUCUGUGUAAUACAUUAUCAACUGGAGACCAUAGUCUAUGCUACAGCCACAAAGGCUUCCUUCUCCCUGCCUGGCUGAUCACCUUUCCAGCUUUUAUUCCAACAGGUGGAUGCCACAUCUAGAGACCCUGGAAGAGUCCAUUUUCUAUCCUUGCCUAGUGAGGGUCUUUCUGCUAAUUUUUAAAAGCCUUCAUUUAAGGCAAGAAUUUUAAUGUUUUGUUUAUAGUAUAUCCCAAGCAACUGAAACAUACCCUCUAAAUAUUGGGCACUCAGAAAUACUUGGUGAAGGUGGAACUGUCAAAAUGAAAUCUGAACAUAUUUUCCCUUGAUACUGCAAAUGAUCUUUUAGGAUUGUUCAUCAUAUAUUAUUAAUAGUUGACAAUUAUUGCUGUGACCUCUACUUAAAGACUCUUGUGUUUAGGAUAUUUUCAAAAGUUGCCUAAAUGUUCUUAAUAUUCAGAAUUAUACAGUAUUGUUCUUCAAAUAUUUGUCACCCAAAAUAAAAUUUAUUUUUUUUUUUUGAAA